AUGGGACUGCCCUCGGGGAGGUCCGCCAUGGACGCAUCAGCGUCCAUUAACACCGAAGCACUAGGCGCAACUCUCCAGCAGCAGCAUGAGACCCAUCCAAGCCGCACCCACGUCGUCGAUGUCGCGCACGACUCGCUGAAGCAUGCCCAAGCGAGGCUAUCGACGAACGUGUACAGGUCUAACGUCAAGCCGGACGCACGAAGUUCGCGGUAA